CGACGAUGGGGGGAAAUUGGCGAAAAUAAAAAAGUUGACCUAAGACUUUCAGGAAAGUCGGGCUGUAAUCUCUUCUCGGACAAAUAAAAGAAUAGGACUUUUAAUUUACGGCAGUGCAAACGGAGAUAAAAUGUCUCUCUGAAUCCUCCCAUCGAAAGUGAACUGAAGUGAAAAAAUGUCCGACGACAACAAUCAAACGAACGAAACGUUCGACUGGGUCCAACAAGUGAUGAACAGGAGCAAGGACGUGGACCAGGGAUUGAUAAACAGUUACACCAGCAACAAGGCCAUAGAGGAGCCCGCCUAUACGUAUUUGAUAAUCUUUUAUGGGAUUCUAAUAACGUUUGGGGCAUUAGGAAACACCCUAGUGAUAAUCGCGGUGGUGAGAAAACCGGCGAUGCGAACGCCGAGGAACUUGUUCAUCUUGAACUUGGCGAUAGCCGAUUGGCUCCUUUGCACCGUCACGAUGCCGUUGACGCUUAUGGAGAUCCUGGCACAGUAUUUCCCGUUGGGGAACAGUCCGUUCCUGUGCAAGACCAUCGGUGCGAUGCAGGCGACGAGCAUUUUCGUCUCGACGAUUUCCAUAACGGCGAUUGCCCUCGACAGGUAUCAAGUGAUCGUCUACCCGACGCGGGAGAGUUUACAGCUAUGCGGGGCCACCGUCAUCCUGUUCGUAAUUUGGACGGUGGCCUUCCUCCUCGCCUCACCGCUGCUUAUAUCCAAAUCUCUAUCCCACCACGUCGUGGAGCUCGAGUCCACCACCCUGAUCGUCAACUUCUGCUACGAGGACUGGCCGGUGCAACACGGACGGGCGUUCUACUCGAUUUUCUCGUUGAUCUUCCAGUACACACUCCCGAUCAUCAUCGUAUCGGUCGCCUACAUAAGGAUAUCGUACAAACUGCGCUACAGAUUCGCAGCAGGUUUCGUCAGCAGCGACGAUAACACGAACAGAAACAGACGCGAGCUACGCGGACGUAGAUUACAGAAAACCAACAUCCUGCUAGGUUCCAUCGCUAUCAUCUUCUGUAUCAGCUGGAUACCGUUGAAUUUGUACAACCUUCUCGCCGAUUUCAGUCUAACCACCAGCUUCUCCACGCAGCAGGCCAGGAUUUGCUACGCGAUCUGUCACAUGAUCGGAAUGUCAUCGGCUUGUUCGAACCCGAUUCUGUACGGAUGCCUGAACGAGAACUUCUGGAAGGAGUUCAAGGAGAUCCUGUGCCGUGCCUCACCGUCUGAUCAGCCAACGAAGGAGGAGCCGCGGAAGCUGUCGCUGCGUCAACAAUGUCAAAAGGUACUGGGCAGGCCCAAACCCGAUUUGGUGACCAACGCCAACGAAUAUCAGCCCUGCAACACGGCCAGUUCCGACACGACCGUAAUAACAAAGAGCUAGCCGUUAAAGACAUUCGCGCAGCGAAGCAACGGGACCGGCAGGAGCGUCGUGAAAGAGGCCGUGUAAAUUUUGCUUAUUGCCGUGGAUGGACGUUUCUUAGUUCCUCCAACGAAGGGAAAAAUGUGAAAAUGGUGAUUCUUCUCUAUAUUCCAGAUGCAAAUUGAUUGUGGAAAAACCAUUGUAUUAUUAAAACGUUUGUUAUUUUUGUAUAGAUAUUGUACAUAACUCUAUAAAUCAAACACUGUCGAAAUACUGGAGAGUCCACGGUAUUUUGACUGUUUUCCUCAGAUUUACAAAUAAUUAUAAAGUUACAUGUUAAACUUAAUUAAAACUUUAUAUUAAAAUGUUGUGGUCAUCGUGUACAGGACUAGACGACCAAAUUUUAAUUAAGUUUAUUUUAGAAGACUCUUUGAUGCUGAUUUAUUAAUCUAGCAAUGCACCUAAUUGAAUUAACGUGUUUGGUGUUUGUGAUAUGUAAUAAAAUCACUAAAGCAUCAAGAGCAUAUAACUAGUGGAUAUUUUAUAAUUAGAACAGCUUAGAUAAACUUUAUGAAUGAUUUAUUAAACAUUAUAAAUAUGUAUGCAUUUUCAACUGUAUAUAAUUUGAUUAUUUAUUUUACUUUCUUAAAAUCUGUAAAUUUAUCUGUAAAUUUAUUUAAUGUUAAAUCGAUUUUAUCUUUGUACGGUCCUUGAACAGUUCUAUAACAGAUUAUGUAAUCUGCGGUUUAAACUCUUAAAA